UUACGGGCCUGGCAGCAGCAUGAGGAGGCGGUACAGGGGCCCAUGGCAGAGUGGCGGAGCCCGUCAGACAGCGUGAGCAGGACGACAGAGGCACAUGGCGCAGGUGGCGGUGGAGGCAGCAGCAAUGGAAGGCCAUACAGCACCCUAAUCACAAAAUGGAACCCACCAACAUGUAAGGAGACCCUGAAAGUGGCACAUGGCAGGCAGGUGGCGGUGGAGGCAGCAGUAUUCGGAAGCCAUACACAGGCCUAGUUAAAAAGCGGAAGCCGUCAGCAGCGUGAGCAGACGACAGAGACACAUGGCGCAGGUGGCGGUGGAGGCAGCAGUAUUCGAAGCCAUACACAGGCCUAGGUUAAAAAAGCGGAAGCCGUCAGCAGCGUGAGCAGACGACAGAGACACAUGGCGCAGGGUGCGGUGGAUGCAGCAGUA